GAAAGUCAUCAGGCAGCGCCGGUUGAAAAUUAGUUUCUAAAUGGUAUUUUAAUGGUUACGUAGAAGAAUGAGAGCAUAGCAACGCGGCAACAGUUAAGCAGCGAUCGAGUGAGGAGAGAAGUUGAGCUGGUGAGCGGAGAGAGAGAGCGCGCGCCCACAUUCGCGACCAAUUCAAAAACAAACUUCCGAUGAUCAGCUGUUAUUUUAGUGAUGUCAAUUCCGAGUCUAACAAUUUUACGAAAGUUCCCAAGGAAAUUCUCGGUGGAAAUCUUUACAAGGAAUUUCUCCAGACGAACGGUGAACACGGAUGGAUCCUUCAAGGUGGUAAAGUCGCGCCAGGUGCAGAAAGAUAAUGUUACGACAUUGGCUCAAAGGGAUCCCAACAUUGAAAUACUGACUUCGAAGAAUUUCCCAUUCUUUCUGAGAGGAGACGUUGGGCCAGCCUGGUAUGAUGUACACACCACUGUUAGCGAUGAGAAGGUUUUGCUCUUACCAGAGGACGAGAGAAGCGGAAAUAUCGCAUGCCGCAUCCAGGCCUGUCCGCAAGUGUUGAGGAAGACGGUGUACGACCUGUUUCCGCACAGGAAUCUGAGCCAAUCCGAUCUGUCCGUCGUGACGAUCAACAUCAAGACGGACCUGAAACUGCUCAGGAAGAACAACGAAAUGGAAACGGAGAAGCUGGCGCAAAGAUUCGUCAUGACCGCGAAGAAUGUGUGCAGCAAGCUGCGGUCGUUGGGCUAUUGGGCUGACUUCAUAAAUCCGUUCUCAGGGAGGCCGUACUUCUCCGUCACCGUUGGCAACGAGCUCUACAGCACCGACGAGAAGUUCCGCUGCAUGGACUUUCAGAUCUUCGAAAUCGAAAAGUGCCUCAUCAUCUCCAACGAGGAGGACAAACCGAAAAAGUCUUUCAUCGGUAGUUUAUUUACCAACGCUCCAGCUCAUAAGGACCAUCUGUCUUCAGUCGUUGAACAAGUCUAAAUAAUACUUCGUCUUGUUUUAACUAAAUAUAUUCAUAAUUCUAUAACCACUAUAGAGGCGAAAUCAAAGUGCUUUGCUCGGAAACGUUAAAAUUUAGAUUGUCUCAUAUUUUAUUUGAAUACAACAGGGGGAAUGUUUUUUUUUUUUUGCAAUUGGAAUGUCGUGAAACGAAACUGUGAAU